AUGGAUGUCGACGGUUUAUCCUCCUCUCCUCUUCUGCGCCAAUCGUCGUUGCCUCCAAGUAGUGUUCCUGUUGCUUCUCAAUCACCCGGUGGUCCGACUCCGAGGAGAGCUCACCCUGCUUCGCACGCGUUGAACUUUGGCGAUGAUGAAGCUGAAGAGGUCGAUGAGACCGGUCGUGGAUCACGGAGGAGGCGGAGGCCAAGAGGUCAACCCAAUGGUGACGUUCCAGUCGUGAAAGACGCCGUAGGAGAAAGUGUACAGGAUAGCUUCGAAACAUUCCUAAGAACAUUCACCGAGGAUGUCAAUCUUGCCCCAACACCUGCCUCUGAUGGCGGUAUUCCGGCUGCCCCAGAUGGAGAGCUUAUCUACAUUGAGCAGAUCCACACAAUGCGCGAAUACGAGCUAACGACGCUCUACGUCGACUAUGGCCACCUCCUACAAAAGGAUGACGUCCUCGCCGACGCGAUCCAGAGGCAAUACUAUCGCUUCCUUCCAUACAUUAGACGCGCUCUGCACAACCUUGUCGCAGAACACGAGCCCGAAUAUCUCAAGCUGAAUCCAACCGCUGCCGCCACAGACUCGGUCAACCUCCAGUCUCGCGAGUUCAACAUCGCAUUCUAUCAUCUUCCGCUGGUCUCGGGUAUACGAGAUCUGAGGACAGAUAAAAUUGGUACUUUAAUGAGCAUAAGUGGCACAGUGACUCGCACCAGCGAAGUCCGCCCGGAACUCUUAUUUGGCAGCUUCAUUUGCGAGGUUUGUGGUGGCCAGGUUAAUGAAAUAGAACAGCAGUUCAAGUAUACGGAGCCAAGCCUGUGUCCCAAUCCGACGUGCGGAAACCGCACUGCAUGGCAACUUCAGAUUGACAACUCAAAAUUUACAGAUUGGCAGAAGGUCCGCAUUCAAGAAAAUCCCUCCGAAAUCCCGACAGGCUCUAUGCCACGCUCGCUCGACGUCAUCCUCCGUUCGGAGUUGGUCGAACGAGCCAAGGCAGGAGACAAAUGUGUAUUCACCGGCACAUUUAUUGUUGUCCCGGACGUCAGCCAACUUGGUCUUCCCGGUGGUAACAAGGCCGAGUUGAUGCGAGAAGCUGCGAGAGCAGGGGCUAACUCGGCUGCUUCCGCAGUAGGCGGAGCUGGAGUCACAGGGCUGAAAAGUUUGGGUGUGAGGGACCUUCAGUACAAAACGGCAUUUCUGGCCUGUAUGGUACAUGAUGCCGAUGGGCGAACAGGUACGAAUAUUCGGGGAGAAGACACACAAGGUGAAGACGAGAGUGAAGCCUUCGCCAGAUCCUUAACCGAGCCCGAGCUUGAAGAACUCAAGGGCAUGAUUGAGUCAGAUCACAUCUAUUCUCGAUUGGUGGAAAGCAUUGCUCCAACAGUGUACGGACACGAGAUUGUUAAGAAGGGCCUUCUGCUGCAACUGAUGGGGGGUGUGCAUAAACAAACACCUGAAGGCAUGCAUCUUCGUGGUGAUAUCAACAUCUGCAUUGUAGGAGAUCCGUCGACCUCAAAGUCUCAAUUCUUGAAGUACAUUUGCUCUUUUCUCCCCCGUGCCGUGUACACAUCUGGAAAGGCGUCAUCUGCGGCUGGUCUCACAGCUGCUGUAGUCAAGGACGAGGAAACUGGCGAUUUCACAAUUGAAGCUGGCGCGCUUAUGCUGGCUGACAAUGGCAUCUGUGCGAUCGACGAAUUUGACAAAAUGGACAUUUCCGAUCAGGUAGCUAUCCACGAAGCGAUGGAACAGCAGACUAUCUCUAUCGCGAAAGCGGGUAUUCAUGCUACCCUCAACGCACGAACUUCGAUCCUUGCAGCAGCUAAUCCCAUCGGAGGUCGAUAUGAUCGCAAGAAGUCUCUUCGUGCAAACGUCGCGAUGACUGCCCCAAUCAUGAGUCGAUUUGACUUAUUCUUCGUCGUUCUCGACGAGUGCGACGAGAAGUCGGACUUGAACAUUGCAAAGCAUAUUGUGAAUGUGCAUCGAUUCCAAGACGAAGCAAUACACCCGGAGUUUAGUACGGAGGCUCUGCAGAGGUACAUUCGUUAUGCAAGAACCUUCAAUCCUAAACUCACGCCAGAUGCUGCGGAUGUCCUAGUAGAGAAGUAUCGUAUCUUGAGGCAAGAUGACGCCUCCGGAACAGGUAGAAACUCGUAUCGAAUCACCGUUCGUCAAUUGGAAUCCAUGAUUCGAUUGAGUGAAGCUAUCGCUAGAGCUAACUGUACCGCUGAAAUUACCCCCGCAUUUAUUAGAGAAGCAUACACCCUUCUGCGUCAGUCUAUCAUUCAUGUAGAGCAAGACGAUAUCGACUUCGACGAGGAAGAGCUGGAAGGUGAGCGAGAGGGCGACAAACGACCAAAAUCACGUCCAGAGGACGUUGAAGAUAGCCAAGACGUAGAAAUGUCUGCCGCCGAAAUCGCAGCCCUGGAAGAGACGGAGCAGAGCUAUAACGAGUCAAUGGGUGUCAAUGGGUCCAGCUUCAGUGGUCUCAAUGGCGCUGCUUCGUCCGACGGUGUUGCGAGAGGGACUAGCAUGGUGCCUGAUGCGCCUGAACAGCCGUCGCGACCUAAGCGGAGAAUGGUCAUCACCCAUGACAAGUAUAUGGCCCUGCAGAGCCUCAUUGUACUCCACUUGUCUCAGAUCGAACGAGAAACUGGCAGAGGAGUCGACCGAGAUGAGCUAAUUGACUGGUAUCUCGAGGUCAAGGAGUCUGAGAUACAGGACGUAGAAGAACUUGAGUAUGAGAAGGAGCUCAUCACCAAAAUGCUUCGUAAGCUAGUCAAGGAUAAUUACCUGAUUGAAAUCAAGGGCGAUGUGCAAGAGUCGUUACCAGCCUCCAUGGACGAGAGCAGUGGGCAGCCGUCAUUCGACGGACCAGAGAGUAACAUACGUGUAUAUUACAUGGUGCACCCGUCUGUUGACACUGAGGGUUCAUCAUCUGUUCCAUAG